UGUGGGUAGGUGGGAGGACCAGGGACGGGGACAGGGAUAUCUGGGAGCCUUGGCCUCCACCACAGGGUGAGCAGGUGGAGCAGCAGGAGAUGCUGGGCAAGGAGUGUGGCUGGGCCUUCCUGUGCUGCCUUCCUUUCCCUGAAGGGAUUCUGCUCAGGGAGAGAGUCUAGGCGACCUAGUUUCUAGGGGUGGGGACAAGAACAGCCUCACCGGGAUGUGGCUGACCGUCUACCUCCAUCCUAGGGGGCUGGCAGGGGCUUCUGGGACGGUUUUGGGACAGGCCUGGGGCACCAGAAGGGGCUCAGGCAGGUCUCCCACCCCUUACCCUGGGGGUCUCCACGGGAAUGAAAGCCAAGAAUUCAUCAGGCACCCAGCUCGGUCGAGGGGGCGGGACCCAGCGCAGCUCGGCCCCUCCCUGGACCAGGACCUCAAAUACCGGCCCCUGUCCUGGUGCCAGAGCUGCUGCUGGAGGGAGUCAGUGCAGUCCUGUGUCGGACACGCCCGCAGCCUGGACCCGGGAUCCCCAUUUCCCUAGAACCCCUGAGCCUCGGGCCUCCGCACCCACAUCCAAGGUGAGUCUCUCCGCUGGCUGUGCUGGGGCUGGAUGGGUCGGACCCUCUAUUCCGGCUGCAGCUUCCCGCGCAGUGAGAAGGCAGCGGUCCCUGAGAGACCAGCAGUGCCCUGGGAGCCUGCAGAGCGCAGGGGCGGAUUCUGCGUCGCACUGGCCGUCACGGGGCGGCCGCGGAGGAGAGGGGUGGGUCGGUGGGUCUGACAACAGGUCUGCGUAGGCGGCAGCUUCUGUCCCUCCCAGCCCCUCGCUCCGCGCAAUGAGCGGGCCCCGGGCCCUGCUGGCCGCGCUCUGGGCGCUGGAAGCCGCCAGGGCCACGGCGCUUCGCAUCGGAGCCUUCAACAUCCAGAGCUUCGGCGACAGCAAAGUGUCGGACCCGGCUUGCGGCAGCAUCAUCGCGAAGAUCCUGGCGGGUUAUGACCUCGCGCUGGUGCAGGAGGUGCGAGACCCAGACCUCAGCGCCGUGUCCACGCUCAUGGAGCAGAUCAACAGGGUGUCCGAGCACGAGUACAGCUUUGUGAGCAGCCAGCCCCUGGGCCGGGACCAGUAUAAGGAGAUGUACCUGUUUGUGUACAGGAAGGACGCGGUGUCUGUCGUGGACACAUACCAGUACCCGGACCCCGAGGACGUCUUCAGCCGCGAGCCCUUCGUGGUCAAGUUCUCGGCCCCCGGCUCAGCGCAGAAGCUGGUGCUGAUCCCGCUGCACGCGGCGCCACAUCAAGCCGUGGCGGAGAUCGACGCGCUCUACGACGUGUAUCUGGACGUGAUUGACAAGUGGGGCACCGACGACAUGCUGUUCCUGGGGGACUUCAACGCCGACUGCAGCUAUGUGCGGGCGCAGGACUGGGCUGCCAUCCGCCUGAGAAGCAGUGAGGUCUUCAAGUGGCUCAUCCCUGACAGCGCCGACACCACGGUGGGUAACUCAGAUUGCGCCUACGACCGCAUCGUGGCCUGCGGCGCCCGCCUGCGCCGAAGCCUGAAGCCCCAGUCGGCCACUGUGCACGACUUCCAGGAGGAAUUCGGCCUGGACCAGACUCAGGCUCUCGCCAUCAGCGACCACUUUCCGGUGGAGGUGACCCUCAAGUCCCACAGAUGACUCGAGGCCUGGCUGGGGCAUGCCACCUGCAGACCCUGGCCCUGAGGAAUGGCCCCACAGUGGCCCCUUCAGGGUAGCAGCCACCCUUCAGUGAGGCCCCAAGGCAGAGUCGGCUGGGCGUGGACCAGGGGCCAUGGACACAUAAUGGGCUGCCCUGCAACUCCAUUCCCCAUCUGUGAGACGGGCUGCAUCCAGCGACCUCAGGGGGUGUUGUGAGCCCCAUGAGGGGCACAGAGGGCACUGCCUGGCAAAUGUCUGCUCAAUAAAUGAGCCGCUCCCAGCCGGGCCCCACAG